CUGCAGCCAUUAAUCCAACUCUCUCCUUGUUUCCAAUUCAACCAUGAAGAUAUCUCUUUCAUUCAAGUUUUUGUUCAUUGUGCUUUUGCUCUCCCAAAACAUCAAACAAUCCUAUCAACAGCUUCCUGACGGUGAUGAUGUCCCCAAGAAUUACCACCAACUCGACCUCCCUCAAGUCACAGGACCUGAAAGCAUCGCCUUCGACUGUAAAAACCAAGGACCUUAUGUUGGUGUUUCUGAUGGAAGAAUACUCAAAUGGCAUGGACCAUAUCUUGGUUGGAAAGAGUUUGCCAUUCCUUCUCCAGUAAGGGAUAGGAAGCUCUGCGAUGGUUCCACAAAUCCAAACCUUGAACCAAUCUGCGGGAGGCCAUUGGGUCUGAAAUUCAACUAUGCGACAUGCGACCUCUACAUCGCAGACGCAUACUUUGGCCUGCUAGUGGUUGGACCCAACGGUGGCGUGGCUCAACAACUUGCAACUUCAGCUGAAGGAGUCCCUUUCAGAUUUACAAACGGUUUAGACAUCGAUUCCAAGACAGGGAUAGUCUAUUUCACUGAUAGUAGCAUUUUCUUCCAAAGAAGGUAUCACCUCUUACUAAGAAUAACUUCUGACAGAAGCGGACGGUUACUUAAAUAUGAUCCUCGAACCAAGGAUGUAACUGUUAUGUACAGAGGCUUAAUGUUUCCAAACGGGGUGGCUUUGAACGCUGAUAACUCUUACCUGCUAGUCGCAGAAUCAACUACAAUGAGAAUUUUGAAAUUCAGGCUUGAAGGUGAAGCAAACAGUUAUAUUCCACAACUGUUCGUACAAUUGUCAAGAACCCCAGAUAACAUUCAAAGGAACAAGAAUGGAGAAUUCUGGGUAGGACUCAACAGUGGAAGAUCGGGAAGGAUUCAAGAUGAUGCCUACGCCAAGCUUCCAGAUCCUGUGGGAGUCAAGUUAAAUCAAGAAGGAAAAAUUUUGAAACAAUUGGAUGGAAACGGUGGAAUCACAUUAAAUUCCAUCAGUGAAGUUCAAGAAUUGAAUGGAACAUUGUAUAUAGGAUCAGUGACCAAACCCUAUCUAGGCAUCUUAUACCCAUAGAAUUUUCACUAGACAAAAGUACUUAGUUUAAGCACUUAGAUGCAUAGG